ACUGCCGGAGCAAGUGCAGCCGCCACUGCCACAUCCUGGUCUUUAACUCUGUCACAGGGCACAGGGCGACCUCUGGGCCAGCCAUAAGAAGGACCUAUUUCACCUGCGAGUCGCCACCCCAACACUCACAAGGGUGGCAGCAGCAGGUGGGAGACCAGUGACCUCGGGUCCACAGAGAUUGCCAAAGGCCACCGGCAGCGCAGGGGAAGUCUGCAUCUUCAAACUCUCCUUGGAGCAACCUUGCCUAAGACCUGGGAGCCACGACUACUCAGCUCCAAUUCCGUGGCUGACGUGAGUCACUCGCAGGGGGCAGGCUGCAGACGGCUGGGCUGGGCAGGGGUCCUCUUGACUGAGUUGGACCAAUUGGGACUAUCGGUAGCCUCACCUGUGAGGCCUUGUUUUCUCAUCACUCUUGAAAAGAGACUUCAGCAUCCUGGAUCCUUCUGUGGUUUCUCGAGGCAGCUCCACAGCGCAGCAGCGCGCGUACAGCUGCCUCAAGGAGUUGGGCAAAAUGGUAUUUGGAGUGCAGGACAUUGCAUUGUUAGAACAUGGUUGCAAGGCCUUGGAGGUAGACAGUUACAAGUCCUUGAUGAUCUUGGGGAUCCCAGAGGACUGUAGCCACCAAGAAUUUGAAGACAUCAUACGGGUUCCCCUCAAACCACUGGGCAAGUUUGAAGUGGCUGGGAAGGCCUUUCUGGAGGAGGACAGAUCCAAGGCAGCUAUCAUUAGGUUGGCAGAAGACCUCAAUUACGAUGUGGUCCCCAGGGAGAUCAAAGGCAAGGGCGGUGUGUGGAGAGUGGUCUACAUGCCCAAAUGGCAGGACAUUGAAUUCCUCACCAAACUCAAUAUGUUCCUGCGGAGAGAGGGCAGGACGGUAGAGGAUGUGGCCCGCAUCCUCAGGCAGGAGCUGUGUCCCACCACGCUAGGUCUCGGAGAGCUACCUCCCAGGAAGGGCUGCCUGUCUCCGCAAGGGGAGAAUGAAGACAAGGGGCCCAUCACCAAGGGUAAUGGGGUGCCCCCUCUGGAGGACCCAGAGAAGGAGGACAAGCCUGAAGAAGGAAAGAAGGGCAAGAAGAAAAACAAGAAAAAUCGGCGCCGACAGCAGGCUUCUGAUAAGAAGCUGUGAGUUAUGAUGAGUGUAUAUGGGGAGGGGGUGCGCAAGGGAGGGUGGGAGUCAUCUGAAUUGGGGUGAUUGUGGGAAGGUACAUUUUGGGACUGAGUGACUGUGGAUAGGAGGUGAUAGACCAGGGAAUGGGUGGCUUUUGAGCCAGAAAGAUUAGCACCUGAAUGUGGCACAUUGUUUUGGCCUUGUCAGGAAAGCCUAUUUAUUCUGCUCAAUCUUGGGGACUGAGCUAGGAAGCCUUUAGCAUGCCACACAAGCGCUCUAUCACUGAACCACGCACCCAGACCCGCACUGGGAGAUUCUAGGCAAACUGUGUUAGUGAACUAUAUCUGCAGUCUGAGCCUAGUACUUCCUAACUUGGGGGCUAGAGCUGAGUGGGUGUGGCCUACAGAGUGUUUUUUUGUUCACUCUGUAUAUGUCUAUUUCACACCCACAAUAUUCCAGAAUGGUACUUGGAUCUUGGAAUAAAAAGGGAGGAAAAAUCCAACAAAAAUCCCUGACCGUGACAUUCACAAUGAUAGUGGUGUUACUCAGAUACAAUUAAUUGAGUGAAGUUUCCAUUUAAGUAAAGUUAAAGAAAUGUACAGCCGUAUGUAUGUGAUUGUAUGUGAUUGAGUGUGGACACAUUAUUCAUUUAACCAACAAAAACCUUCUGAGCAUCUACAAUGUGCCAGGUACAGAACAUACAGUCAAUUAUUCUUAGUCUUGCCCUCAUGGCUAUAAUUUUCUUUUCUUUUUUUUUUUUUUAAAGAUUUAUUUAUUAUAUGUAAGUACACUGUAGCUGUCUUCAGACACUCCAGAAGAGGGCGUCGGAUCUUGUUACAGAUGGUUGUGAGCCACCAUGUGGUUGCUGGGAUUUGAACUCCGGACCUUCGGAAGAGCAGUCGGGCGCUCUUACCCACUGAGCCAUCUCACCAGCCCCUAUAAUUUUCUAUAUUUGAGGAAUUGUGGGUAAUGUUUGAGACUGUGCAAGGAACAUGGAAGUGUGUGUGUGUAUGUAUGUGUGUGUAUAUAUGUAUGUGUGUGUAUAUAUGUAUGUGUGUGUGUAUGUAUGUGUGUGUGUGUGUGUGUGUGUGUAUUGCUUCAGCCAAGGAGAGUAACUUCUGACUGACAAGGGUCCCAGAGACUUGUAGAAGACGUCUAGCAACUUUGAAGCCAGCAGGACCAGCCCCACAAAGGGAGACAAAUCCCAGAUUGUUGCCAUAGAGACCACAGAGUGGACAGGUGCCUGCUAGCCAUUGCCUGAACAGAAGGUCCACUAUGGCAAGCUUUUGAAAGUGUUUUGCUAGACUUGCUAAAACUGGAGCUGGCCCCGAAAGAACCUGUCCUGAAGAAAAAUCCUUGCAGGGAAUGGGUCACUCUUCUUCGGGCACCAUCACCAGAGACUUCAAGCUGAAGACAGUUCAUAGACCAUGGUUGACACCCGUGCUGCCCACUGUCUCCACUGAGGACCUUGCUGUUCUGUUUGUGUCCCUAAAAGGCUGUGCCUGUUCAGUACAUGGUGACUCUCCCUUACUGAAAGGAAGGGCAGGGUGACACCCUUAACUUUGAUUGGCGCCUCGGGUAAGCAUGUGGGUCUCCCCAAGUUAAAUCCUAGGAAGCAUGACUUGGAGGGGAGAGAGUGUUGUAGAAACAGGAGAUCAAGAGUUUGAGGCCAGCCUUGGCUGUAUAGCAAGUUUGAGGUCAGUUUGGGUUACAUGGUAGUCGUCUCAAUAAAUAAGGAGGCCUCAAGUCUAUAAUCUGAUAAUCGUGUGAGGGUGAAGAGGAGGGAAACUGUCAGGAGCAUCGUACGAAGGUCUAGAGCCCACAGAGCUCCAGAGAAACCAGAAUGUUACGCACACAGGGAUGCCUGUCCAAUAGGAAAGAUGAUAAACCUGUUCUUCUAUCCAGAAAGCUGAGAACUGGAAGCUGUGCUCUGUGUUAUCUGUUGGUCCAGGCCAUAUCAAGCUCCCACAAUCAGGACCAGAGCUGGCUUAUAGCCCAGAUGACCUCUACACUAUCUGUGUGACCAAGAUCAGGCCAGACCCUUACGUAGGCCCUUAAGCUAGUACAGGUAGCACAUCUCUAGAAUUCACCUUCUUAGAAGGCAUGACAUGCACCCUGAGUUGAGUUUCGGUGUAAUUAUGUUUCCUUGUGCAACAGAGGUUGUAUUAAACCUUUUCCCAGAUGAUACUGGGCUUAAAUACAUCAGGAACAGACCAUCUGUUGUUAGAUUCCCUGAAGUCUGAUCCAGGUUGAGGAAGUCAAUCUGCACUGGGUUUUUAUUGUUAUCUCUUCUCCCUGUUCACUUCCAUGUAUGGUAGCUGCCCCUUCUGAAAAACAAUUACCAUGAAAUCCAGUUGUGGAUGGGUGGAGAAGUCUCUCUUUGGGGACCUACAAACUUCCACUAUUUCCGGGAUCUGUGAGGGCUCCAGGUGAAUUGCAUUUCACAACUGUAAUUUGUGUGCAUAGGAAAUUUAAUGUUUUGAGACCGAUUCUUGCUAUGCAGCCUAUGUUGGUCUGGAACUUACUAUGUACUCAAGGCUGUCCUUUAUUUAGCUCAUGGUCCUCCUGCCUCAGUACCUCUAGGAUAGUAAUCACAGGCUUGCACCACCUAUGUCUAUGUGAUUUUUCUACUGUCUGAUAACAUGGAGAACUCCAUGUAUCUUUUUGUUUUCAGACACUGUAGCCCUGCAAGCAUCAAACUCACUCAAUCCUUCCGCCUUGGAUCUGUGGUCAAGAAGCCUGUAGCUCUAUAGGUUGGAGAGAUGAUGAAGUCAGUUUAGUCUUUGGGGCUUCAGAGCCUGACCACAUGAGUUUGAUCACCAGGUCUCUGUAGUAGAAGGGCCUCCAUGUGAGAGUCAUGCGAUGGGCACCCACCUCAACACAGACACACAGACACAUACCACACAUACACACACAGCACACCAUACACACACCACACCACACCAUACACACACCACACCACACCAUACACACACCACACCACAUCACAUACACACACCACACACACACACACUAAGCAGAUACACCACACACACAGACACACUACAUAACACACACACACACCACACACACCACAUCACACACACACCACAUCACAUACAUACACCACACCACAUCACAGACAUAUACCAUACAGACACACAACAUCACACACACACACACACACACACACCACACAGACAUACCACAUCACACACACACCACAUUCACCACACCAUACACACACCACCCAGACACCACCUCACACACACACCACACAAACACACCACAUCACACAUACACACCACAUCACACAUACACACCACACACACACACACACACACACACACGCACAGGCACAGGCACGGGCACAAACACACACACAUGGUAUAAUUUUAGAUAAGGAAGAGGUUCUUGGCUCUAUGUUUAAUUUUUCUGUCCUUGCCCGUGUGUUUCCACUGUCAAGAACACUGCAGCUGUGCUCAUUAUCACAUUAGCCUGCUCUUAUGCAGACGCUGCACAGCCUGCAGCACCUCUGCCCCAUGCACUCUGUUUAACAUUAAGGCACAGUGGGCUGCAUAAUAAAGGACAGUGUGACAUUUCUUGCCAUCAUUUUGCAACCUGAGACGUGCAUGUGUAUUCAGGUAUUUCUCCUGUGGCCAUUGUAUUCGUGACAGGCAGCAUGGAUCGUUAUUAAAUGCUGUCCACAAAUCCAGAAUCCAUGAAAUCAUUCCCUCGGGAGAUUGUUGGAACCAAGUGACAUUUCCUGACAUUGUACUGCAGGCUGUUGUGUGACAUGAACAAUCUGAGGUACUUACCUGCAUCAAUGCGGCAGAUGUCUGGCAGAAAUCCCCAAAUAAAUUAUAGCAACCCUCCCCACAACUCCACUUAAGAAGUGGGUUUCCCCUUCUUUGCUCUUUGUGGUUGAUAUCCUACUGUAUAAAUAUAAGUUGAUGAAUAAAUGAAUGCUAAUGAAA